ACUCAUUUUUACCACCGUUUGUGGGAUCAGUGCACAAUAUGCCAGCUACAUGCAUUCGACGGAACUGAAUAUGAAUGCACAGAGUUCUGCACGGUGCAUUUUACAGAUGGACCGCAAACGGAGAAGAAAUGUGCUGCGAGAGAAAGUCUCCGGGUAGCGGGCUGGUUCAAUCUGAGAGUCUGCGGAUAUGGACUAUGGGCGAUAAAGAUUUGCAAGAGUUUCGGCAGCAGUGGGAGGAGGAGAUCUCUGGCCGCGGCUGCUCCAACAGAGGAAAGGGCUCAAGUUGGGAGGAGAGGAGCAGCAAAAGGCGGCGGCGCCAGGAGGGCCCGGGCUCCGGUUGCCAUGGAGACGGGGAGAGCCUGGGCCCCGGGGAGAGCCCGGGAUCGGAGUCGGAUCCGCCGCCGGCCCGCAGCCCCCCGCCGCCCAACUACUUGCACCUGGCGGUGAGUUUGUUGGAGGGCCGGACCAGCCCGCUGAGGAACCGCAUCCAGAGCGCAGGCCGCCGCACAGGGGCGGCAAAGCCGGGAGAAGGUGGCUGGAGCCCCGCAGGCCGCAUCGCACAGGGCCCGGGCGGCGGCCACAGGGAGAGUCUGCUCGACCAGUUGAUCAGUGACCUGAAUGAAAUAAAUGAGAUUCCCUUUUUUGAUAUUGACCUGCCAUAUGAGCUGGCGCUGAGAAUAUUUGCGUAUCUUGGCAGAACUGAACUUGGAAGAUGUGCUCAGGUGAGUAAAACCUGGAGGGUUAUUGCUGAGGAUGAGGUACUUUGGUAUAAACACUGCUUGAAGGAAGGGUACGAAACAAAGGCGGAUAUUGGUGACUUCAUCGGCUGGAAGGCAGUUUUGCGAGAUUCCCUGAAGAAGGAACAAACACUGCAGACCAACUGGAAGAAUCGUAUUGGUGAUGCAAGCCAGUUACAUUAUGAUGUUGGAGGAAUAUUAUGCGAUGUUCAUUCAUGCAAUGAAAUGGUAGUUUCUGGAUACACAUCAGGAGACGUGAGAAUGUGGGAUAUAAGCACCUGGGACAGCAGUGCCUUGUAUCUGGAAACGUCACGCAGCUCUGCAGAACUUGGACUACAGCCACAUGUCUCCUUUGUGAGGAUAAAUAGCACCAUAGCAGUGGCGGCUUACAAGGGUGGUGCUGUUGAUAUAUGGAGCACAGUUCUUGGGCGAGAACCAAUACAUCAUUAUCAGCACAACCAGGACAUUCAGGCUAUAGCUGUGGCUAUAGAUAGUGCUGCAGUAGCAACUUCCUCAUGUUAUCAAGUAAGAUUAGAAUCCAGCGACCAGAGAGGAUAUUGGCAAACAGCAUGCCAAUUUGAACUUCAGAAACUGGUUGGCUCACUUCAGUUUGUUCCCAACGGUCUGAAUAUAGAUGGAAAUGAAACAUUGCUGGCAGCAGCUGAGGAUACAGUUUAUUUACUCAAACCUGAAACAGAGCCAAAAGUACUUCACUCCAUCUAUGGAAAUACUGUGACCUGCCUGGAAGUAUCCAGUAAUCGGGUUGCCUGUGGUGUCAGAAAUGUUGGUUGGAUAAUGAGUGACGGCAAUAAGGUCCACAUUUAUUGCCUACAAACAGCACAACCUUUGUCAACACUGGGUAAUGCUCUAGGAGACUUCACCUGCGUGAACUUAAGGGAUAGUCCUCCUUAUCUGGCUGUUACCGGGAACAAGGACAGGAAGGUGAGAGUAUAUGACCUUCGGACAAGCAAGGCAGUGAUAUCUCUUUAUGGCCAUCAACUUGGUGUAUCUUGUGUGCAGAUGGAUGACUGGAAGAUUGUCAGUGGUGGUGAAGAAGGAUUGGUUUGUGUGUGGGAACAAAGAAUGGGAACAAAGCUCUGGGAAAUGCAUUCCAGACACCCUGUACGGCACCUACGUUUUAGUGCACAUACACUGAUCACAGCAAAUAUACCCAAUGAGAAAUGCCCAAGAGGUGCCAGCAUCAUGGAUGAUGACUUAACUGCUCAUCGUAGACAUCGUGGAAUUAUUUAUGUCUACGACUUCUCAGUGAAUAAGUCAGCCCCAGUAUUACCAAUUUGUUGUUCGUCGUAUGAUGAAGAUGUUGGCUACAACUAUAACAUAGCACUUUCAAUGCCAUAUGAUCGGAUCAGAUGAGUAUUUGUCAUCUUAUGAAGAUAUUGGUUCUAUUAACAUCACAAAUUAAUUCUGAAAGCAAGCUUGCAUUUCUUUAUGAAAGGAAAUAUCGCUUCACAAGAAAUCAAAGGAGGCAACAAAAUAUUGGAGAGACAAUUGAACUGAAAAAGAACUUCUCCAAAAGCCUUUUCUAUGUUCCUAUCGAAUGGCAAAGAAAUACGAUAUAAGUAGCAAUUUUUAACGAUAUUUCCGUGGAAUCAUCAGCUGCCCAUCACAAAACAUUUGUGAAAGACCUCAUCUUUACUUUUCAGUGUUAUUAUUUAAUUGAAUUGCUAUUCUCUUUUUCAUGUUCCAUGUAGUAAUUUGGAUUUUAGAACAAUGCUGGGGUGGGAGGAGACAGCUUCACAAACUUUUGAUUCAGAUGAAACAGCAUAAAUCACGGAGAGGUUUAUCUGUAAAUUCAAAGUUGCAAAUAAUGGAAGGAAAGCUAAAUAUAUAACUAUUUUAAACAAAUAUUGUUUGCUUUUACAUUUGAUUUUUAACAAAUUUCUGAUAUUAUGAUUGACUCUUCAAUUAGACCCUUUGAAUCAAAUCGCACCGAGAAUAUCAAUCCAAUGGAAUAGCAGUUUCCAUAUAUGCAAUUUGACCACUUGUUGUUUGAUCAAAGGCAGUGAUGGACAAGCCACAUUCUUUCCACACAGAUCCUUGGACCGUAAUGGAGUGUAGGUAUUGGGACUGAUUCAUUUUGUACUCAUGAGCAGAAUCAAGGUGCCAUUGACAAGCCCAGCAAUGCAGGAUAUAGGCACCAUUGGGAAGAUGGUGCCUUCUGCAAAUAUUCCAGUAAACACGGUGAAGAUAAUCCUGGUGCACUGUUCGGAGUAAAUUCAUAACCAGGUGACUAUGAAUGGACAGCAAUAUUUCUGCUUAAUUCCAUUUUCAUUUUGUGAUGUGGCUGAGAACUUGUGGUAUUCCAUUGCGCACACUACCCUCACUGCUGGAAGAGUUUACAGAUUUAAGAAUGACUUUCAAAGAAACCUUGGUGGAUAUUUGCAGUGCAUUUUGUUGUGGAUACAUGCACACUGCAGACACAGUGUGCAGGUGUUGGGAGGAAUGAAUGCUGACAUCAGCUGAACUACUAUGUUUUGGAAAAAAAAUACAAUGUGAUGGAAUAACUCAGCAGGUCAGCCAACAUCUAAGGUGAACAUCAAUAGAUGGCAUUUUAGGUCAGGACCCUUCUUCAAACUCUGGUCUAUAGAAGGGUCCCGACCUGAAACAUCACCUAUCCCAUGUUCUCCAGAGAUGCUGUCUGACCCGCUGAAUUAAUCUAGCAAUUUGUAAACCAGCAUCUGCAAUUUUUUGUUUCUGCUUUGUUCUGGAUGAGUGUUAAACUUUGUGUGCUUUUGGAGCUGCAAGAAUCCAGGUAGAUGGAUAUUAUUACAUCACAUUCCUGACAUAAACCUUUUGAUGGGUGUAAAGGUUUUGGGGAACGAAGAAGUGAGUCACGAGCUGCCUCAACCGUUAAAUCAUUGGUCACCGUGAUCCUUACCCCAUCUCAGGAUGUUAAUGGUGAGGGAUCGAUGAUGGUGAUUAUCUUGAAUGCAAAGAGAAGGUGGAUGAUCAUUGUCUGGUAUCUGUGUGGUGCAAACAUAGCUGACACCAACUGUUUUUCAGAUCAUGCUUCACAUAGACAUGGGUUCGUUCAUUAUCUGACAUAGUGGAGGGAGGGAGGGAUUGAGCAGCUCAAGAUUGGUUGAGCUUGGGCAACAGCAAUAAGGAACUUCUGCACCAACCUCUGCUCCAGCAGCUACAAGUACUAUCCGUUGAGCUUGAUAUGACUCCAUUCAAUGAAGAGUAUUGCCCUUAAUCUCCUUCAGCUUCACCUUUACUAUGGUGCCUUGGUCGCAUACUUCAUUGUUGUCAAGUGUAGUAACUUUCAUCCCAUCUGACAAUCUGCUCUUUUAUACACAUGUACAAUCAAAGGUCCUGGCAGAGACCAACAGGUUAUCAGUGAAUAAGUGCCAAGUCUAAGUACUCCUGAUGAUAACUUUAUUCACUGUUGUGAUGAUUGGGAAUAUGGUAGCAAUUGGUCAAAUUACAUUUGAUCUGCUUUUCCUCGAAAGAAUAUACCCGAGGCAAUUUUCUACAUUGUGGAUUAAUAUCAGUAUUAUAUAGAUGCACCAUUACUGCGAAGAUCAAGAUCUUAAGACAUACAGUACUACAAGAUCUCACAUUUUAGAUUCAGCCAUUUUAGUUUUAAGCCUCACCCUGGUUAAGGUUAUUUGCUCAUUAUACUCGGGUGCAAGCCUUGAUCAUCUGACUCGAGUAAAAUAUAAAUCAUAACUUAGACAAUAUUAUCUAUUGUUCGUAUGCCAAAUAAAUGAUUAACUGUUUAAUUUUAUUAAUAUACAGAUAUAUAUAUUGAUAGCAAAGCCAGCACUUUCAGUCCUUUGAAAGAUGGUAGUAUUUGAACCAUCACAGUCUGUCCGAUGAAGAUAUUCCAGAGUGUGAUGGGAAGAGGAGUUCAGAACUAAGACAGAACGACAAUGAAGGAACAGUGAAAUGUUUCUACAUUAGCUUGUAGUGUGACUCGGAGGAGAACAUAAGUCGAUGGUGUUCUCAUAUGCUUGCUGCCAUCAACCUUCUAAGUAGUGGAGGCUCUGGGAUUGGAAGAAGAGAUGCUGCCUAAGCUUUAACGUAUUUCUGCACUACAUUUUAUAGAUGGUCCACUACAGUUGGCUGUGGUGGAAAUAUGUAUUUAGGAUGGAGGAAAGAGUAACAUACAAGUAGCUGCCUUUUCCUGUGUGGUGUCCUUUAUGAGAAUUAUUGGAGCUGCAUUCAUUCAGGCAAAUGGUGAAUAUUCCAUUACACCAAAUCAUAUAUCAAUUUCCACCCAGCUUAUACUUUCACCUGAUGAUUUCCCCCCUAACUCUUCCCUUCAAUACUUUUGUUACUCUCCAGAGAAGAGGAUAGUGACCAAUAGCCACAUCAAACUCAUGACUUCUAUGGCAACUUUGACUACAUUUCCUCCCAUUCUACUCCUUGUAAGGUUCUUAAAGAUGUAAUCACAUGUUCUCACUGCUCUUCCUUCCACUCUACUAUUUCCAAUGUGUCUCCCUUUUCCCUCCUACUGGUUUCCAAUUGGCCUUAGUUGACAGGGCUCUUAAUCAUUGUUGCAUUUCCCCCAGUAAUGCCCAAACUCCAUCAUAUCCCACCCAAAACAAAGAUAGCAUUCAUUUUCAUGUCACUUUCAGCACCCAAGCUUCACGGUUCAAUGGAUUGCCCUCCUUAUGUUUGUAUUUCAGUAUUCCAUUACACUUCUGACGUAUAAUGAUGGAAAAGGUCUAGGUCAGAUGUUAUUCACUUGCGUAAGGAUAUCCAGCCCCAGACCUCAUACUGUAUGUAGCUCUAUUAUUUAUAUGGUUCAGUGGUUUCUUUCUUAUCACGUGUUCCAAGGUGCAGUGACAUAAGCAUAAGCACGAUCUCCUGGUUAGUACAGACUGUACAGAACAGCUUACGGAGUCUGUGUGCGAGACGCCAUUUUACAGUCUUAGUUACAGCUGGCCACAAAGGCCCAUUGGAGCCAUCGCCACCAUCCCUGUUGUCCCGUGAAUAAUUGUCCAUCUCCUUGCAUGCCCCUCUUCACCCCUUGUUCCCCGGGGUAGAGGUGUUGGAGGGGAUGGGAAGGGUGGUAGCCAACCUCGAGGGCGCAAAAUGUAAGACCACCCCUGAUUCGUCGACCAGGCCCUUUGUCCAGUGUUCGUCACCGUCGCCCUCCAUCCUCCUCUUCGUGUGUUCCCUCUCUGGGUGGGUUCUCGAUUCCAUGGCAGGUGGUGAGCCUGGCCUGCCAUUGGUAUUGGCAGCAACUCGCCGGGAUUACCUUUGCCGAACACGGCUCGCCUGGUUCAAUUUAGUUUCUUGUAAUGAUGUCCCACAAUUAUUAAACUUAUCAACCUCGGUGAAUGUCGAGGAUAAGUGGUGAGAUUAUUUUAUUGUAGUUGGUCAUAUGCUUGGCAGCUGUAAUGUAAAUAUUGUAAUCCAUACCUAAAUGUAGUCCAGGUCGUGUUGCAUGCAGACAUGGCCUUCUUUAUUUUCUCAGAAAAUAAAACAAAUAGUUGGAACUCCUCAGCAAAUCAGACAGCAUCAAUGAAAACAGGGAUGGUUCAAUGAGCAUUAAUCAAAUGCCAAAAGGCAAAAAUAAAACCAGUUUUAAGCUGCAUGAAAAUUGAAGAGAGAUGGUGAGAACAUAAAUGUUCGUGUUAGAGUAGAGAGCAGGAGAGAUUCAGUGACAAAAGGAUGAUUGAACUGAGUGAAAGUGGAUGUUAAAGUCUGUAACAAGUAACAAAUCGUUUGAUCAGGAGGUGUAAAUAAAAUAACAAUAUCAAAAAUGUGAGAUACUGAGGCUGGAAUUGCAGACUAUCUGAAAUAGUUCACCAAUGUUAAGUGCAUAAAAUUGUAGUAUACAUUAUUGAAAGAUGUGGCAUUGAACUUCAAGGUUGCAUUGGACAUCAUUGGAUAGAUUAGAAAUAACCUGGAGAAGGUUAGGUUAAUAUUUGCAGAAUCUUGUACAUUUGAGACGUCAACAUAUUGGUUAACAGAUCUUGUAAAGUAUUCUUUUCUCAAAUAUAGAUACUGUUAGUUAAAAAAUAUUUUUUUAAUCAACAUUUGAUUGUAAGAAGCUAGGUAAGAGGGCUGGGCAGAGUUGUCAAAAUAAAUAGGUAACAGAAAAAUCAUUUACAUUUGAUAUUAAAUGUUUUCUUUUAUUAAAAAAAUGUUAAAGGCAAUUAUUUGUUGUCUAAUAGAUCAUGAAUGAUCCCAUAUUGAUAUGAUGAUUAAUUGGCAACCGAUUACUUCAGCAAAGUAUAUUGAUUCUGAUUUAUGAGUGUUUUCUAUGACUUGCAUAAUUAUCAGGUUGCACUACUGCAAAUGCAUUACCAUUCAUCUAGUAACUUUGUAGGAUUAAGUCAAAUGCAGAUUUAUAACUGGUGAACAUUAAAACUGUCCUAGGUUCAAUGACAAAGUAAAAUUAUCUCUCUCAUCUGAAAAAAAAUUAUACCAGUGCAUUGGAAUAAUAAAUCCAAGGAUAACAAACCCACCACAAUCAAUAACAUUACUCCAGAGAUAAAGGAAUGAAUUCAUUUGCCUGGAAAAGUGUCACUGCUAUAACAUAACAGGGGCACAUAGGAAAGUAAAUUCAAGAACUAGAACAGUCAAUCUGUUCUUUACCUCGCUGUGGAACAUCUGGAUAUGGGCAUAAAUAUAAAUGAAGACAAAUAAAUGUAAGCUUCUUCCAAGGUGAUGUCCAUAGCACAUUUUUAAAUAGCAUAGAAUACUGAAAUCGUACAAGAUGAAUUCACAAACCAGGGACCUUUUAAAUCAACUGCUGCAUGAGAGAACAAAUGCAGAUUAUCUUUCAAACGGUUCAAAGGAUAAGUUAGGCAUGGUUGAGCUUGACAGUGGUGCUGAAUACAACCAGACACAAAAAGUACCAGACUGGGGUCCAGAAAGGAGGCCUAACCAGGGUUGGCCCAAGGACACGUAUUGAAGCAUAGAGGAGACAACAAUUGUGUGGCAUCAUCAAAAUGGCCACAGCACGCACACUC